AUGUUCGGUCUGGAAGAUGACGCGUCUAGGCGCGAGAAAUGCUACACGGCAGUGGCUCAAUUGCCUUCCUUCAUCGACUCCAAACAGCCGCCGAUGAAAAAGUCGCCCUUUUCGACCAUUCGGGGACAUCCGUUCGUGCACACGGUGGAGGUUACAUUACCUAGAGCAACCUAUAAAGCCAUUGAGAGCUCAUUAGAUGCUAAACUUCCCAAGCUGCGAUAUGCUAGAGUGUUCAUGUCACUGUCGUCUCUGCUCGAGGGGAACUUUUUCAAUGCUUAUAUCAAAUCUGGAAAUAUUCUCAUGAUAUCAGAGGGACGUCCUGGUUCAGAUAAUGUGUUUACUCUCAGAGAUGGAAUCCUGAAACUAGAACUUGGAAAGGAGAUAUUUGAACGAACAGGUCUAACGGGGAAGUCCAUUCGUAGUGGGGGCAGAAAACAUGCCAAGGAAAGAUAUCUCGUGGAGAUCAACCUGCGGCUGCCAUCAAUGCUUCACGGUAAGAAAGGCUUUGAGAAACUAGUAUGGGCAUUCAAGAAUGUCCUCAAUCACACUGUGGCCUGGCUCUUCUAUGACCUGACAUUGGAGUCGAGUGGCAUUUCCUCCGACGAUCCUUCCCUGAAAGGAAACCACCCUCACAUUAUAGACUGCGAACCAGUGCGCACUGAAUACCGUGACAUACUCGUCCCACCUUUCAAGGGAAUGAAUAUCACAGAAACGGCGCCAGAGCAGGAAUUAAAGGAUUAUUGCGACGAAAUCUCCGAAUGGCUUGGAAUGGUGGCCCUCGGAUCUCCUCGAGUAUUAGCGAGCGAUGAUGUAGACCCAUACCUAUGUCGCUAUAGCAUACCGGACUCCGACGAAGCAAAGUCGUCAGAUAUAGUCAGUUUGAGAUGGCAUGGUUUCCUCUCUCCCAAAUGGAUCAUGGAGCUAUUCCUUACUCUAUUACAAGAAACUUCCCCGAAGGAUCUAGAGGCCUUUUCCUGGUUUGCUUUCUCUGCGAGUGCCCUAGGGAGGGAAGCUGUUGAAGGAAAAGACGGUUAUACGGUUCUGACAUUUCCUUCUCUAGGUGGAACUAGUGAUGGUGUGCAGAAGAACUCUGGCACUAGAUCUAAAAUCGGUCGCUCAUGUGUUUGCUGGGAGUACGUUGGCGUCUCAAUUGUUUAG